AUAAGAAAUCAGGAUGCUAUACUUAAGUAUUACCGCUCUCUGCCUAAGUGUAGUACUAGCGGCGCCUGCUACAGAUCCAGAGCUGGAUGAUCACUGGCAUCUCUGGAAGAGCUGGCAUGCUAAAACCUAUGCGACGAAGGAAGAAGGCUGGAGGAGAAUGGUCUGGGAGAAGAACCUAAAAAAGAUUGAGAUGCACAACCUUGACCACUCCUUGGGAAAGCAUACUUACAGGUUGGGAAUGAACCAGUUUGGGGACAUGACUACAGAAGAGUAUAGACAGUUAAUGAAUGGCUACAAACACACUCCAAGGAAAACAAGAGGAUCCACCUUCAUGGCUCCCUUAAACUUUGAAGCCCCAAAGACUGUUGACUGGCGUGAACAUGGAUACGUGACCCCUGUUAAAGAUCAGGGACAAUGUGGUUCUUGUUGGUCUUUCAGUGCAACUGGUGCACUUGAAGGUCAGCACUUCAGACAGACUGGAACUCUGGUUUCCCUAAGUGAACAAAAUCUAGUUGACUGCUCUAGACCUCAAGGAAACAAAGGAUGUGACGGCGGCCUUAUGGACCAGGCCUUUCAAUAUAUUGCAGACAACAAAGGCCUUGACUCUGAGGAGGCUUACCCAUACACUGCUACAGAUGAUAAAGAAUGUGCUUACAACCCAGCUUUCAACUCUGCAAACGACACAGGCUUCAUGGAUGUGGAAUCUGGAGACGAGAAGGCCCUCAUGAAAGCUGUGUCUUCAGUAGGCCCUGUUUCUGUGGCAAUUGAUGCUGGACACCAAUCUUUCCAGUUCUAUCAAUCGGGUAUUUACUAUGAACCUGAAUGCAGUAGUGAAGAGCUGGAUCACGGUGUCCUUGUUGUAGGCUAUGGAUUUGAAGGAGAAGAUGUGGAUGGAAAGAGAUACUGGAUUGUAAAGAACAGUUGGGGUGAGAAGUGGGGUGACAAGGGCUAUGUCCUGAUCGCCAAAGACAGACACAACCAUUGUGGAAUUGCUACAGCUGCUAGUUAUCCCCUAGUUUAAUGUGAAACUGAAGAUCUUCAUUCGGGGCAAUUGACUAAUGUGCAGAUGAAGAUUUGACUUUUACAAAGUAUGGACAGUUAUAUUGCUCAGAAUAUCCAAACAACCGGUGAUCGUUACAUGUAGGGUGCUUAUGCCCUCAUUUUGAAGCUGGAUUUUAUUAUUUUUAGCAUUGUUUACAUUUUAUUUUAAUGGACGUUUGUGAUUUUAAGAUUCUUUUAUCUAAAAUAAACCUGUUUAAUCCUG